CCACCUACCACACUUAAAAUUCCCCCAUCUCCCUCUCCAACCACUCCAACUUUCCUCUCCUUCUCUCUCUACUUCUAAGCAGUUGGUAGUUCUUGAAGUAGAGGAGAAGGUGAAAUGGCCAUUAGGAAGUCUAACAAGCUCCAUCAAACAGCUGUUUUGAAGCAAAUAUUGAAGAGGUGUUCGAGCUUGGGGAGGAGUGGAGGACAGCAAGAAGGGCUGCCAGUGGACGUCCCAAAGGGACACUUCGCGGUGUACGUGGGGGAGAACCGGAGCCGGUUCAUUGUUCCCAUCUCCUAUCUGACCCACCCUGAGUUCCAGAGACUCCUCCGGCGAGCCGAGGAGGAGUUCGGCUUCGACCAUGACAUGGGCCUUACCAUCCCCUGCGAGGAGGUCGUCUUCCGCUCCCUCACCUCCAUGCUACGGUGAAGAGAAGAAGGAUGCUCGCUCUCUGUUCCUUUUUGCCGGCUUCUCUCUUACAUAUUGUGUUCUUUGUGCCGGCUUCUCUGUUCUCUUAACACCCAUGGAAUUCUCUGUGGGUUGGAUUUGUACAUCUCUGAGCGGCGUGCGGUUUGCGCCGCCCUGUGAGAGCUGAUUAGUUAAGGAGGAAGAGGGGAGCUCGUUCCCCUGUUUAUAUCUAGCUCUCUUCUCUGUGCCCAUUUUCUAUUUUCUUCUUUCUUUCUGUUAGCUUUUCUAUUUGAACCUAUGACAUGGCAAAGAGGACACUGCAGGGAAAUUGUGAUUACGGAAGGAAGGCGGAGGUUAGAUUAAGAAGGAA